AUGUAUAUAUCAGCGCCAGAGGAAACCUUGAUUACCACAGCUCUCGGACGAGCAGCAAUAUACCUGGUCAUCUUCAUCACCAGUUUUGUAUUAACUUGGCGCAAGGCGCGCUAUUCCCGCCUCCAUGCUCGCCUCCAGAUCGUUAUCGGGAUCUUGUUCAUUGGGACAACUGCCAACUUCAUUCUCGAUGUUUGCACGGCCCACGUAUACUACCUCUCUCCGGUGUACUACGAGGAUACACCCCAUGCACUCCACGAACAAAACAUUUACAACCUUUUGUCAUGUAUACGGGACGGGAUCUUCGGUCUGAAUAUGUUUAUCGCUGAUGCGCUACUGGUACGGAAUCUCCUAGGGCUGUUUCGUGGUCAUUAUAGAGCUGAUCAUGACCCCGAAACGAAGGUCUGGCGCUACUAUGUGUUCUGGAACGGUAGAUUUGUAGUUAUUCUCUUCCCCAUUUUCCUUCUUACUCUCGAAGCAUCACUGGGAAUAACCGUCAUCAUCUUCCAGGCUCGCAUCUAUGUACUUCGGCGAAAUACACCAUGGUCGGACCCACUUCCGUCCUCAUGGUACGACGCGUCCGCUAAGGUCGCGGUCUUGAACAAAGCUUACUACGUAUCGACCUUUGCCAUCAAUAUACUCCUGAGUAUUGCUAUAGCGACAGGCCCUGAAGCUCGUCGGAUGUCAAAAUACUCCCGUGUUGCCCACACUGUGCUCGAAUCUGGAACAAUAUAUUCUGUGAUCAUUCUGUUAGCUAUCAUGCCAGGCAGUGGGCUGCUCAGGGAUAUGGCCGGUGUCGCCCUCAUGAUCUGCGUGGGUUUUGUCCCAAGCAUGGUCAUAAUACUGGUCACUCUGUGUAAAACCACUGAGUAUACAACACAUACGACGGAUAACGCCAUCCUGGAGACUAGUAUUCGGUUCGGUACAUCACCUAACAUGCCGCAGAAUACAAUCAAGGAUGAUUCUGCACCUGCGAUCAACAUUAGGCUUGAGGAUCUGCGGUUUCCCGAUCGUGAUGGGAGUAAGUCGGAGGUAGUGACAGGUUUUCUAACAAAAGACAGUAGCUCAAGAGUGCCCGCGAUGCAUGCUGGGGAAGGCUGGGGCGGAUGGUGA